AGAAUGCCGAGUAUCAUAUCAUUCCCGGUAGUAGUAGGAUGGAUUUUUGGAAUAGUAUCGCAAAUACAAUCAACGAACGAUUUGGAACCACCUAUACAGGAUAUCAAUGUAAGAAUAGAUUUCAACAUCUUGUAAGAGGUCAUACCUUGAUGUGUCAAUACAUAGCUGGGAGCAGAACUGGUGAGCGAUAUUUUGAAGAAUUUCGUUCUCGUUUUUGGGAGAGACCUGAAACACCAUUUGACUUAGUGCAUAAUGCAAACACAUCUACUAGAAGACGGCACCGUAACCGUACACCAACUUAUGACGAAGUAUCAUCAUUGCUGAGUCGCCGUGAAUCCUCCAUUGGUCAAAGGGAUCGAUCCGCAUCUCCCACUCGCAGAGUUCUUAGUAGAAGGAAUGAAGUUGUCAACCGAAAUAAUGCAAAUGAAGGACAAAGUAUUAAUUCUUCUGAAAUAAUUCAGAGACAUAACGAUUCCAAUAAUUUAUCAUCUAAUUUGACAAAUAUACCUUUAUCACAAAACGAAAGUGAUACCAGUGUGCAUUUCAAAAUUCGAAAUAACAUCACGUGUGCGUGA